AUGUCUGGCCAAGUAAAACGGCAACGUCGGUCCAAGGUUGCCUGUGAACCAUGUCGGACCAGGAAGAGGAAGUGCAACGGCCAGCAACCCUGCGAGAUGUGCACAGAAUCCGAGUACACAUGCCGCUAUGACUUGGGUUCGCGCAAGAAACGAAACAAGAAUAUCACCCUGCAAAAUCUGACAGCGGUCCAACCGGCGCAGACGCAGCAGACGGAGUCGCAUUCAGAGUCCCCAAGGGCCCCGAGGCCCCCGACGCCACCAAGUCCAUCACAGCUAGGUGAGCGAUUUUCCAAUGCUGUCCAGCAGUCGAUCGGACCCAAUUCAGGCGCAGUCUUUGUGCAGAACCUGGGACUCAAGAUCGACCCGCUCAAUGCACUCGAUCCUCAGGUCUUCGCGUGGAAUAUCGGGCUACGCCAAUUGCCGGGCACCUUCACGGCACUGCCGAUAGUCGCUCCUUGCUACGGCUUCAUUGACCAGGAUAGCUGCUUUGAAUAUAUCCCGUCGAGAUGGCAUCGACCGUCCGCUUUCGAACCGUACGAUGUCGUUCUUUGCGGAGUGGCCGCGAUGGGCUAUUUGUUUUCUCAAAGGAAAGCAGUGGCUGCAGAGCUGCAUCUAGUCGAGUCGGCCAAGUCGGCUCUCGAACAGCGUUCCGGAGGCGAGAUACCACCACUGAUGCUGAUCACGGGAUGGGCUCUCCGGGUUUCUUACCUGCGGUUAACAGCGUCGCCUCACACGGCCUGGCUGGCGAGCUGUACACUACUCCACCUUAUUGACGCGUCCGGUCUACACCUGGACCCUUCAUCUAGACAUGCGCUCUUACGACCGACGCAGAAUAUUGACGAUGAUAUCAGACGUAGGAUCGUCUCCUUUUCCCAAUACAUCAACACCUGGGUAUCCUUUGAUCUGGCAAGAUCACGAAUCAUCUUACACGGCGCAUCAUACACAACUCCGUCCAGUCGGGACGGCGAUUUCACGGCCGAGAUGCUGGAUUUGUUGCCCCUUUCGGAGAGUCUCGACCCCUUCACGCCGGUCGACGCAGUCCAGCUUACCUCCAUGCUCGUCAAUAUCAUGCAAAGCAGCCGCACGCAACCCCCGUCAGUUCUCUCCCAAUGCAACCUCGUCUUAUGCAUCUUCCGCCGUCUCCGUGCGGUUCACUCAACCCUAUCCGCUGCCCUGAUGGGCCAAAUGCUGGCUUUAAUCGCGAAAGCUCUCGCCUGCGCCCGGGAAUUAGUCGAUGCAAACUGUCCCUGGAGUCACGUCGCUAACGUUCCGUUCCAGAUUAUCUGCACGCUACUUGCAGUGGAUAGUCCGGAGUCGUUGUCUCUGUUAGACGACGCGGUGCGGACUCUCAAAUACGUAACGGAUGUGUAUGACACUGAGGUACUGAGGGAGGCAUACCGGACGGCUGGCUCCUUGAUUCUAUUGCAGCAGCGACGAAAGGAUCACGAUGCGGCGCGCCUGAACGGUCUCUUGGGCCUACACUUUGCCCAUGACCAUGAACCCAUGUCCCAGCGGCGACAGAGUAUAGAGAAUUCCGAGUCCUUUGCAGACUUGGUCGCGGAUUUGUCCAGUUCGGAGAAUUUUGAUUUUGCGCAGUUCUUUAUCGCCGAUAAUUCUUGGAAUGUGCUGGGAAUGGACAGCUAA